GUACUUGUUGAAUACUUGAUUUCGAAUUCUAAAUACAAUACAUUCGUUUGUGCCUGUGUCUUCUUAGUUCAAUUGCGUUAGUCCUGGAAUUCCUAGUUCAUACUAUAAUUAGAAUAUUAUAUUGGCGUCGCGAUGGAACCUGCAAUGGAAAAGUUAGAUAUUCAUUCAACUUCAGAAGCUUUUGAAGAUUACUUUGAAAGGUUCGAAAUCUUGGCUAUGACCAAGGAAGAUGAUGAGGAUGUUAAUAUUGUGGCACACUUCCUCACAUUCAUUGGGAGAGAAGCGUACAGCUUAUUAAAAACUUUGGCAUGUAUUAACUACGAAGCAGUCAAUGAACUUGAUAUCCAGUCGAUGAAGAUUUCUGAUACUUUGCUUAGUCAUCAUGGUGAACUACAAUCUCAGGGUCAAUCAAAUUUGCGUUCAUUUAACAGUGAUUCCUAUUCUCGUGUAAAUAUGAAAGGUGUUUCAACGAGGAAUUACAAAGCAAAUCACAAAGGUGAGAUGAAGUUUGGUAAAUGUUUAUCAUGUGGAAAGUUUCAUGCUCGCAAUCCAUGUGUAUUUCGUAAUGCUAAAUGUUUUAAAUGUGGUGAGGUAGGACACAUUCAGUCAGUAUGCAAAGCUACUGUCCAUUUUACUUCAAGCUGUACUAAAUCUUGUAAUUUAAAUUUCAAUAAUUCGGAUGUUUCUAAUGAUCAUUUAUCUUUAUCAACGAUUUCAAAAGAUAGUGAAGAGUCAUAUGACAGUUCAGAGUUAGAUGAAAUCCAGAAUUCUUGUGAGACAACAGUUUCUGAUCAACCGAUUUAUCAGAAUUCUCAUGCUAUUGUACCAGGUAUGACUUUUCCUAAUGAUUCACAUAUUUCUAAUGAAAUUACUUGCAAUUCUGAGGAAAAUAUGUUAAAUGAACCUAAUCAUGAUCGAGAACCUGAUGUGGUUUGGAUAGAUGUUGAUUUUUCUAACGAUCCUACGCUCUGCAAUGACAGUCCUAAUGAAUUUCAUGAGAAUAAUUCAGAAGAAUCAAAUCCUGAUGUCAUAUCAUAUAUUACCUAUCCUCAUGAUGUAUUUGAUCUUCGUGAAAAACCUGCCCAAUGCGAAGCACGAGUACUAAGUGACCUCGAGUUUUAUUAUAUUUCGGAUGAUUUCAUAUCAGCUGCUGUUUACUCUUAUCACAAAAACAGUUCUAAUGUUUACUCUAAACAAUGUGAGAUAUAUGUUUUAAAUGAAGCCACAUUAUUCAUAACUUGGGAGUAUAAAGAUCCAACAUUAUUUCGUGGGGGGGGGAUAGUGUUGAAAAAUCUAUGGUUCGAAUUCUAGAUAUUAAUGAUUUCAUUACAAAACCGACAUGCUGGUUGUAUACAAUUCCAGGUGAGGCUGUUCCGAUUUCGUUUGUUAAUUCCAAUACUAAUGAGCACUUUCUAGAUACUACAAAGUUUUUAUCUUAUACAAUGUCGGACAGACUCAGGAUGAACUUAACAAGAAGACGUACAACCGAUUACAAACACUUAUACUUCUAUUUAAGCUGUGGCGGAUGUGGUGUUUGAAUUAACUAAUGAUUCUUUUGUACUUGUUGAAUACUUGAUUUCGAAUUCUAAAUACAAUACAUUCGUUUGU